AUGUGCGAACUGUACAGUAAGCAAGAUACCCUGGCGCUGAGGAAGAAGCACAUAGGGCCCUCAUGUAAAGUUUUCUUUGCUGCGGAUCCCAUCAAAAUAGUACGAGCCCAGAGGCAGUAUAUGUUUGAUGAGAAAGGUGAACAGUACUUGGACUGCAUCAACAAUGUUGCCCAUGUGGGACAUUGUCACCCUGAAGUGGUCAAAGCUGCCAUGAAACAGAUGGAACUGCUAAAUACGAACUCUCGGUUUCUCCAUGACAGCAUUGUCGAGUAUGCCAAGCGCCUUUCAGCAACCUUGCCAGAGAAACUCUCUGUUUGCUAUUUUACAAAUUCAGGAUCUGAAGCCAAUGACUUAGCCUUACGCCUGGCUCGGCAGUACAGAGGCCACCAAGAUGUGAUCACUCUUGACCAUGCUUAUCAUGGUCACCUGACAUCUUUAAUCGAGAUCAGUCCAUAUAAAUUUCAAAAAGGCAAAGAUGUCAAGAAAGAAUUUGUACAUGUAGCACCACAUCCAGAUACCUACAGAGGAAAAUACAGAGAAGACCAUGCGGACCCUGCCAGUGCUUAUGCAGAUGAGGUGAAAAAAAUUAUUGAAGAUGCUCAGAAAAGUGGAAGGAAGAUUGCUGCCUUUAUUGCUGAAUCCAUGCAGAGUUGUGGUGGACAAAUAAUUCCUCCAGCAGGCUACUUCCAGAAAGUGGCAAAAUACAUACAUGGAGCAGGGGGAGUAUUUAUAGCUGAUGAAGUUCAGGUAGGCUUCGGUCGAGUUGGGAAAUGUUUCUGGAGCUUCCAAAUGUAUGGUGAAGACUUUGUCCCUGACAUCGUCACAAUGGGGAAACCAAUGGGCAAUGGCCACCCAAUGGCUUGUGUGGUGACAACCAAAGAAAUUGCAGAAGCCUUCAGUACCUCUGGAAUGGAGUAUUUCAAUACGUAUGGAGGAAAUCCAGUGUCUUGUGCUAUUGGCCUCACUGUCCUGGAUAUAAUUGAAAAUGAAGACCUUCGAGGAAAUGCUACCAGAGUAGGGGAUUACCUUACUGAGUUACUGCAUAAACAGAAGGCUAAACAUACUUUGAUAGGCGAUAUCAGGGGUAUUGGCCUGUUUAUUGGGAUUGACUUAGUGAAGGAUCAGCAGAAAAGGACCCCCGCCACAGCUGAGGCUCAGCACAUCAUCUACAAGAUGAAAGAAAAACGAGUGCUUCUCAGUGCUGAUGGACCGCACAGAAACGUGCUUAAAAUCAAACCACCUAUGUGCUUCACUGAAGAAGAUGCGAAGUUUAUGGUGGAACAACUUGAUGGAAUUCUAACAGUUUUGGAAGUCGCAGGCUCCAAAACUGAAAGUGUGAUCUCUGAGAUGACUCCAUGCACAACAAAGAUGCAUAAUGAAGCACACUUGGAAUUGGUCAGAGAUGGUUCCAUUGACACCAGAGAAAAUCCCAUCAGCAAGAGGAAUGGAUUGUGCAUGCAUAAACAUGUACUCUUCCAUAAGAAGCUCAAAAUGUGA